AUGAUCACUGAUAUGAAUGUAUUUCCAAUAGUCAUGGUCAUAGACCCAGCUGUUGCCUAUCAGCCAGGAGACAAGGACAAAAUCAGAUGUUUUCUCAAGGAAGCCAAUGGGACCUAUUAUGAAGAAAUGCUUUGGGCAGGUGAGAUGACAGGCUUGCAUUGUUUUCUUUUGAAAUACAUACAUGUUUUGAAAAGAGGACAAAUUGUAGGUUCAUAUUGGUUGGGAGAGUUCCAAAGAUUCUUUGAUCUAGAACAUGGGAUUGAUAUUGAUGGUAUCUUGCUUGACAUGUGUACUAAUAUGGUACACCUUGAUGGCCUGUUGGAUUAUCUGGAAAAACUCACACAACUCCACACAUCUCUUUCAUAA